CAUGGAAUUGAUCAACAACAUUGCAAAAGCUCAUGGUGGUUACUCCGUAUUCGCUGGAGUAGGUGAAAGAACAAGAGAAGGAAACGAUUUGUACCAUGAAAUGAUCACUGGUGGAGUUAUCAGCUUGAAAGAUGAUACCUCUAAAGUAUCUCUUGUAUACGGUCAAAUGAAUGAACCUCCAGGCGCCAGAGCUAGAGUUGCUUUGACUGGUUUGACAGUUGCUGAAUAUUUCAGAGAUGCAGAAGGACAAGAUGUGCUUCUCUUUAUUGACAACAUUUUUAGAUUCACUCAAGCCGGAUCUGAGGUAUCCGCUUUGUUGGGACGUAUCCCAUCUGCUGUAGGUUAUCAACCAACCUUAGCUACUGAUAUGGGUACCAUGCAGGAACGUAUCACUACCACCAAGAAGGGAUCUAUCACUUCUGUCCAAGCUAUUUAUGUACCAGCUGACGAUCUUACUGAUCCUGCUCCUGCUACCACUUUCGCUCACUUGGAUGCCACCACUGUAUUGUCCCGUGGUAUUGCUGAAUUGGGUAUCUAUCCAGCUGUAGAUCCUUUGGAUUCAACCAGCAGAAUUUUGGACCCCAAUGUUGUAGGUAACGAACACUACCAAAUUGCCAGAGGAGUCCAAAAGAUUUUGCAAGAUUACAAGAACUUGCAAGAUAUCAUUGCUAUCCUUGGUAUGGAUGAAUUGUCCGAAGAUGAUAAAUUGACCGUAGCCAGAGCUAGAAAAAUCCAGAAGUUCUUGAGUCAACCCUUCCAGGUUGCUGAAGUUUUCACUGGCAGUCCCGGCAAGUACGUUCCCCUUAAAGAAACAAUCAAGGGAUUUAAGGCACUUUUAGAAGGAGAAUAUGACAACUUACCUGAAGUCGCCUUCUACAUGGUUGGACCUAUUGAAGAGGUCAUCGAAAAGGCCAAGCGUUUGGCUGAUGAGUUGGAGUAG